AUGUUUGAUAGACAGUAUUUGUAUCAACGCAUCACAAUGCAACUAUUAUAUUUAUUCCUGCUCUACAUUCAUAUCGUAGAAUGCAAGGAAAUAAUUGAGUAUUAUCCAUCAAUGCGAGAGUUAAGCCGUGGCGGACUAGUCGAAAGGCAUUAUAAAAAUAAUGUAAACCAUAAAAUGAAGCAGCAAAUCCAAAGACCUCAUCGAAUCUUUAACGAAAAAGAGGAACGAAUUUAUAAAAAUAUAACUAAACGAGCCUCCGAUCCUGUUUUCCAUGGUUACCCGAAAACUGUCGAAGAGUUGUGGCAUGAGCGUUUUCUAAAGUUAGAUGGAGCCUUCGAUCAAACCCCGUCCCUCAUUCAUUUGAUACAAAAUAUCACAUUGACUUAUUUGAAUGAUUGCACUCCAGUUCUCCUUUACGACAGUCAGAUAAAGUCUGCUAAUACGUAUCUCUUUCAAAAUUUAUUUAAAACGUUUCCUGUAUCAUUUGUACAUGGCUAUAUUGGUAGUAAUGAUUCGCUACAGGAACCAAAACUUUUACACCCGAAUCAGGAAUGUUUGCAUUUCAUACUAUUUUUAAAUGAUGUUAAAAGAAGUGCGAAGAUAAUAGGAAAGCAACCUAAGAGCAAAGUGGUUGUUGUAGCCAAUGCCUCACAAUGGGCAGUUCAAGAGUUUUUAUCAGGUCCGCAAUCCAGGGUCUUUAUUGAUUUACUUGUUAUUGGUCAGAGCUUUAAAGAUGAUGACAACACACUGGAAGCGCCAUACAUACUGUAUACUCACAAUUUGUACACGGAUGGCUUGGGCUCUAGCGAGCCGCGCAUCCUCGUGUCCUGGACCCAUGGGAAGUUUUCGAGAAACGUAAACUUGUUUCCAACCAAAAUGACUGAGGGGUAUUCGGGACACAGAUUUCUUAUAGCUGCAGCUAAUCAGCCUCCAUUUGUGUUUAAGAGGUCAACUCUGAACACUAAGAGUGGUGAUUCUCAAACAACGUGGGACGGUGUGGAAAUAAGAAUUCUUAAGCUUUUAGCUGAAAGGAAUAACUUUUCGAUUGAAAUAGUUGAACCACGGGAUUCAAACUUGGGAUCUGGUGAUGCAGUAGCUAAAGAAAUAGCUCAAGGCAAAGCUGAUAUAGGAGUAGCUGGACUGUAUGUGACGAGCGAAAGGAUGAGGGACAUGGAUUUAAGUUUUCGACAUUCUCAGGAUUGUGCUGUUUUUGUUACUUUAACAUCUACAGCGCUUCCACGAUAUCGUGCGAUUCUGGGUCCUUUCCAUUGGCAUAUUUGGGUCGCAUUAACCUUCACAUAUUUGAUUGGAAUUUUUCCUCUAGCAUUUUCUGAUAAACACACCUUGAGACAUUUAAUUAAUAACAGCGGCGAGGUGGAAAAUAUGUUCUGGUAUGUUUUUGGAACAUUUACAAACUGUUUCACUUUUGUGGGAAAGAAUUCUUGGAGCAAGACCACAAAGAUUACAACUAGAUUGUUAAUUGGAUGGUACUGGCUCUUUACAAUUAUUAUAACGAGUUGCUAUACUGGAUGCAUUAUUGCGUUCGUAACGUUACCAAUUUAUCCGGAAACUGUUGAUACCAUACAGCAGCUAUUGAGUGGGUUUUACCGGGUUGGGACAUUAGAUAGAGGCGGUUGGGAACGAUGGUUCGUAAACACCUCGGAUCCGAUGACAAACAAACUCCUAAAGAAAGUGGAAUUAGUUCCUGACAUUCGAACUGGCAUUCGGAAUAUAACAAAGGCAUUUUUCUGGCCAUAUGCGUUUUUGGGAUCAAAGGCAGAACUAGAAUACCUCAUACAGUCGAACUUUUCUAAAGCUGAAUCAAAACGGGCAGUCCUCCAUAUAUCUAAUGAAUGCUUCGUCCCAUUUGGUGUGACAAUAGGCUUUCCUAAUAACUCCAUACACACAACAAAAUUGAGUAACGAUAUAAGGAAAUUAUUACAAGCAGGAAUUAUCGACAAAAUUACGGAUGACGUCCGCUGGGAAAUACAAAGGAGUAGUACAGGAAAGCUUUUAUCGGUAAAAUCAACAAGUCUAUCAUCGAAUUCUUUAGAAGAAAAAGGAUUGACACUAGAGGAUACACAGGGCAUGUUCCUUUUACUUGGCGCCGGCUUUCUCAUAGCAGCUACUGCUCUGAUCUCAGAAUGGAUGGGAGGCUUCACACGAAGAUGUCGGUCUAUACGACCACAUAGUACUGAAUCCAAGGAAGAUCUAAUCAAUACAGGCUAUCCUGAAGAUAGUUUAAAAGAAGUUGAUAGACUACAAAUAAAUUCAAGAUCCACAAGCAUCGAAUCUUCGGAUACCCUCGAUAGCCAGAUAUUACAGAUUAACCAAGAAUCGAUCGUGGUUCAUAACAAUGUCGAUGAUUCCAUAUGGAAUUCUAGACAGUCAAGUAUCGAUUUAGACAAGGAAGUCCAAAACAUAUUCAUGAAAGAUGAAAAGCCGAUUCGUACUGAGAAACGUAAGAUAGAAAUGACAAAAAGUAAAUCACUGGAAAAAUCAAGACAAGAUACAGCUUCUAAAGUCUUUGGUGACCAUGUAACUGAAUAAAAUAAGUGUAUUUAACUUAAGGGUGUAUAGACAAAAAUAAUAAACCAAA